CCAAAUGGAGGGCGAGGGAGAGCUUUGUAUGUGUCUCUGUGUGUGGAGUAAAGCUGGUCUAGAGUUUGUUUUCCUCUGAUUGCACGUGACAUGCUGGUAGAAAUUAAGUUAAAUGGAUAUAAAUUUGCCUGCAAUAAAAUCCCUGGCCACUAGGAGAUGACAGGGAUUUAGAUAACUCCCCUUUUCUGAUGACAGGGAUUUGGGCCUUGUCUUGACAAAGCAGUAAACCAUGCAACCAUGCAGGGUUUAUACACAUCAUUGGUUACGACAUUCUAUUUAAUACCGACUGGAUCUAUUGGAAACAAUCUAACGUUGGGCAUUCUGAUGUAAUACAUUUCAUUGUAAACAUAAACAUUGAGCGCGGGGAGAACAGAGGAUUCACGUUUAUUGCAUUUUUACCACCAUCCAAUGUGAUCACAUCACACCAGAGAAGCUCUCGCCAUUCAAACUUCCACACAAGUCAAUUGUGAACACUGUAGCCUAUUUUAUAUCCAGCAAGCAAGAGUAAGAUAGGGCCUUCCCUAUAUAUUGUAGUGGUUUCAGGGGUUAUGUGGUGGAUAGACGGUAUGUGCCUGCGAGGUUUCUUUGUUUUCUGGCUGCCAGGACCACGGACAGCAAUGAGAAGUAUUCCCCAGAGGCAGAACCAUGGACAGCUCAGGGGAAACCUAGACCGCAGCAGAACAGCCACACCUGUCUCCAGUUGUAAUCAGAGCCAAACUGCAGACAGGUGAAACCAAUCAGGGCCUCUACUUAACUGUGCCCUGGGUUUUAUUUUUUGUAUUUGCUUUGACCCCGCCAGGUGAAGGAGUAGGAGGUAUUUGGGGAGACCGAGUGUACGGUGGAGAAUGUGGUUUACUGGAAUAAAGGAACUGAUGAUUUCAACAAGGAUUGAACCAAAGACCACGAUUGAAGGACCUUCCACAGGGAUCCAUUCCAGGCACACAACACACAUGUACAACAGAUGAUGCGGAGUUUAUCAGAGCCCUUCGGUCGGGACUUCAUGCCCAGUCUGACAGGCGGAUGUGACAGGGGCCGCAUAGCUGGGGGCCAACCCAACACUAACAUGGCGCUACAGGAGGACCACAGGGGGAUGAGCCAGUCGCUUUCACCUUUCGGCAGUAUUGAUAGCACGGACAUGGAGUCGAGGAACCCUUUCAGUAUGUUGGACAGCAUGAUGUUCGGUGUGAGGAACAGGAUGGGGAACAUGCACAGAAACUUUGAGAACCUGUCCACAGACCUGAACGCCAACCCCACCGCCCACUCAUUCAGCUCCUCCUCAGUGAUGACCUACUCCAAGGUUGGAGACGAACCCCCCAAAGUGUUCCAGGCCUCCUCCCAGACACGGCGUGCUCCCGGCGGGAUUAAGGAGACUCGGCAGUCCCUGAAGGACUCAGAGAGUGGCCUGGAGAAGAUGUCCAUUGGACACCAUAUCCAGGACCGGGGACACGUGCUGGAGAAAAAACACAACAAGAAGACAGGGGAACGGGAGCUCAACCAGGACUUCCAGAAUCUGGAUGAAUCCGAGGCACAGUCCUUUGACAAAGAGUGGCAGCAAGAGGUGUCUAAAUUCCGACCAUUUGUCCCCAUGUCCCAUCUGGAGGCCCCCAAGCCCAGGGCAGUGCACCGGGCAGCCCUCGCCGCCGCCACCGGCCCCGACCAGGGACGGAGGGACAAACGAAACCCAAAACCUGAAGGAAGGAAAAUACACAUUGACGAUCUCAACGUCAAAGGCUCCGGCAUGACGAAGCAGUAGAAAUGUCUAGCGAAUAAAGCUAUGUCAGGCAACAAAUCUUUGAUGCUUUUUGAUGCUCCAAAACAAGUUUGGUUUCCAGGUAUUUUGUCUCACAGACAAUCAGAAUGACCCAGUUGUUGAUAUGCUUUUUACCCAUUAAUUUUCACACUACCAAGUAAAGAACACUUGUUAAUGAAGUCAGGAACUUAUUCUGUCAGAGUAGAUCCACACAAGCUUCUUCCAAAAAGUUCAGUACUCCUGUGGAAGUAGCAUCAAGACAGGGACACCAUAAGCUACUAGCAAGUGAUAUAUGAUUUCAUAAUCAUGAUAUGAGAGCAGACAUAAUUGUUCACAAUUAGAUAAUACCGUAUAUUGGUCUAUCAUUGGGCAUCAGAUCAAUGUCAAUGUCAUCUCAGAAAAACUAUCCUGCUUUUGGAAAUGUCAUAUUCACAUUGUAUAGAUUGCAUCAAAAGGAAACAUACGUAUAUAUUUAUGCAGUUUGAAGUCCAUAAGUGCACUUAGAUGUCAAAAUGGUGUACUUUUUUGUGUAAUGGCCACCUGCUGUAAUCUUUGUAAAAAUUAUAAUACCCUUUUUAUAUUGUUA